CAGCUCUGGAUAGUGAUAGCACUAGUGCAGAAUCCAGAAUGGAUGUCCUCUUCGUAGCCAUCCUUGCUGUGCCACUCAUCCUGGGACAAGAAUAUGAGGAUGAAGAAGGACUGGAAGAGGAUGACUAUUAUCAGGUGGUCUAUUAUUACACAGUCACCCCCAACUAUGAUGACUUUGGUGCUAACUUCACUGUUGAUUACUCUAUGUUUGAGUCAGAGAACAGGCUGAACAAGUUGGAUAAGGAGGUAAUGGAAGCAGUAGAGACUACCGUUAGUCGUGAAACAGACCCUGCAGACCAUCAGAAGCCUGUAACAGAGAAACCAGUGACAAUGGAACCACAGAGUCCAGAUCUGAACAAUGCUGUAUCCAGUCUGCAGAGUCCUGGCGCACUCCUCCUGUCCUGGGCCCUCGUUCAGGGGGGGAUGUAUUUCAUGUAGAAGGAGAGGGAAGGCUGCUACGACUCAUUGGAUGGUGAUUUGGGAAGAGGAGAGUGGACGAUUAAAUAAAUAAAUGAAGUAA